AUGGAUGAUCUGAAGCUUUAUGCCAGAUCCCCAGAGCAACUGCAGGGUAUGAUUGAGCUAGUCUCUGCCUUCAGUCAGAGCAUUUGCAUGAAGUUUGGAUUAAGUAAGUGUGCUGUGCUGCAUGUGGAGAAGGGUCAAAUGAAAAUGCAGAGGGAUGAACUGAGAGCACUGGAUAGUGAGAUAUCAGAGCUCAAGCAAGGACAGUCAUAUAAGUACUUGGGACUUUAUCAGCAUCUGAAAAUCUCAAAAACAGAAGUGCUCACAAAAGUGGAAGGUGAAUUCCGCAGCAGACUUGAUAGGGUUCUAAAAGGAAAACUAUCUGCAAAGAAUUGCAUCAAGGCUGUGAAUACUUGGGUGAUCCCAGCAUUGGCCUACACCUUUGGAAUUCUGAAGUGGUCAGAUACUCGAUUGGAGCAGAUUGAUAGGUAUGUCAGGACAAGGAUGACUAAAUUCAGGAUGCAUCAUCCACGUGCCUCGGUUGCUCGACUGUACCUACCAAGGAGUAUGGGAGGUCGCGGUUUGAUGAGGGUAUCAAGGUUAUGUGUAAGUCAGGAAACGAAGUUGAGAUCUUACUUCCAGAAUGCUGAUUCAGAUUUGUUCGUGAAGGUAUGCCAGCUGGAUAAUGGUUACACAGCCCUUGAUUUAAGGAACCAAAGAAGUAGCGAGCUGCUAUCUGCUCAAGACCUAAAAGAAGAAUGGAGGACAAAAGAGUUACAUGGACGGUUUUAUGGGCACCUUAAUUCAGAGCCAAUAAGCCAAGAGCUGUCUUGUAUGUGGCUGACAGUGGGAAGUUUGUUCCCAGAGACUGAGGGCUUUGUACAGGCGAUUCAAGAUCAAGUGAUAGCAACAAAUGCUUAUAGGAGGCAUGUAAUGGGAGACAGGACCAUAAGUGACAAAUGCAGAAUGUGUGCCAGUGCAGUAGAAAGUAUCCAACAUAUUGUAUCCGGCUGCUCAGUGCUAGCCCCAAGAGAGUAUAUGUUGCGUCAUAACAAUGUGGCAAAAAUUGUGCACUUGGAGAUGCAGAUCAAGUUUGGGAAUAUUGCAGAGGUCCCCCCUUACUAUAACUAUCAGCCUCCUCCUCUGGUUGAGUUCAAUCACGUCAAGAUCUACUGGGAUGUCCAAAUGAUUACAGACAGGCGGGUAGUACACAACAAGCCUGACAUCCUGGUAUUGGAUCAGCUGGAGAAGAGGGCUUAUAUAAUUGAUAUUGCUGUACCUUCAGAUGAGAAUGCUCAGAAGACCAGAGGCGAGAAAAUCAGAAAAUACCAAGAGCUAUCAUUUGAGCUGAAGGAAAUGUAUGGGCUGAAUACAGUGAGAGUACUUCCAAUUGUAAUAACAGUCAAUGGCCUGAUACUCAAGUCGGUUGUGGAAAUAUGUCGAAGUAUUGACUUGGUAGACGAGGUGCUGAAGAGAAUGCAAAAAUCUGUCCUCCUUGACACUGCACGUAUUGUGCGCAAGUUCAUAAAAUAG